AUGGCCGCGACCGCCGACGACGCCCGCCGCGCCGCCGCCGUCGCCAAGUACCGCGCCAGCCUCCUCGCCUACCGGGAGCGCCAGUCCCUCCUCACCACAGGGGAAGAGAACCUGAAGAAGGCUAGGAAGGAGCGUGAGAUAACUGAUGGGCAUGUCAAGGCGUUUCAGAGCAUUGGGCAGAUAGUGGGGGAGGUGUUGCGCCCGCUUGGCGGCGAGCGUUUUAUCGUCAAGGUUAGGAGUGGUCCUCGAUACCUUGUCAACUGUCGCAAUAAGUUGAACACGGAGAGCUUGAAAACAGGCACACGCGUGUGUCUUGACCCAAGCACACUUACAAUCGUGUGCAUGCUUCCGCGUGAGGUGGACCCUUUAGUGUUCAACAUGGUUCAUGAAGAUCCAGGGAAUGUCAGCUUCUCUGCUGUUGGAGGGCUAUCUGACCAGAUCAGGGAAAUUAGGGAGACCAUAGAACUUCCGCUCAUGAACCCUGAACUGUUUCUGCGAGUUGGUAUUAAGCCACCCAAGGGAGUGCUCUUCUACGGCCCACCUGGAACUGGGAAGACACUGCUGGCUAGGGCUCUUGCAAGUAACAUAGAUGUGAACUUUAUUAAGGUUGUCUCAAGUGCAGUCAUUGGUAAGUAUAUUGGUGAGAGUGCUCGGAUAAUAAGGGAAAUGUUUGCAUAUGCACGUAAUCACGAGCCGUGCAUCAUCUUCAUGGAUGAAAUUGACGCACUUGGAGGAAGAAGAUUCAGUGAAGGCACAAGUGCUGAUCGCGAGAUCCAAAGGACGCUCAUGGAACUGCUAAACCAGUUAGAUGGGUUUGAUGAACUUGGAAAGGUGAAGAUAAUCAUGGCGACCAACCGUCCGGAUGUGCUGGACCCUGCUCUCCUACGCCCUGGGCGUCUGGAUCGCAAGAUUGAAAUCCCUCUUCCUAACGAGCAAGCGAGGCUGGAAAUCCUCAAGAUACAUGCAGCUGGGAUGGCCAAGCACGGUGAAAUCAACUACGAAGCUGCUGCCAAGCUAGCAGAGGGAUUCAACGCCGCUGACAUGCGCAACAUCUGCACAGAGGCCGGCAUGGCGGCGAUCCGAGCGGAGCGUGACUACGCCAUCAACGAGGACUUCAUGAAGGGGGUGAGGAAGCUGACGGAGUUGAAGAAGCUGGAGUCCAGCGCCAACUACAAGGCGGACUUCGGCAGCGGCUAG